AGUCAAUCUCAUUGUUAUUGAUUAUUUAGAUAGAAUGAUUUCAUAGGAAUAAAUUAUAAUAUAUUUCCGUAUUAUUCAGUAUCGAAUUGUUCGAUGCAGUAAUCUGAGAAGUGUGAUAAAGUAUGGCAAAUGACAGAGAAGUUUUACGUGAAAUCUGGGACGGAAAACUGCCAGUAUGCUUUCAGCUCGACCAAGAGGAGAUAAUGGGAAUUCAGCAACCAGACCCGUUUUAUGUGAUGGUUCCUCGACUUAGUUACUUCCCACUUGUUACUGAUAAGAUGAAAAGGCAUUUUCUACGCUACAUAUCUCAAGAAAACGCAGAUAAUGAAAUGUGGCUGGAUUAUAAUGGGCAGCCUUUAAAAUGGCAUUAUCCAAUUGGUUUUCUAUAUGAUCUCUUUUGUGGAAAUGAUCCACAAAUGCCUUGGAAUUUAACAGUACAUUUUAGCAAAUUUCCUGAAAACGUUUUACUUCACUGUCCUAAUAAGGACAUAGUUGAAGCUCACUAUAUGUCAACCGUAAAAGAAGCAGAUGUUCUAAAACACCGGGGACAAGUUAUGUCUGCUAUGCAGAAAAAAGACCACAACCAAUUAUGGUUGGGAUUACAAAAUGAUAAAUUUGAUCAAUUUUGGGCGAUUAAUAGAAGGCUUAUGGAAUCUCAUGGUGACAAUGAAGGCUUUAAACAUAUACCAAUAAGGAUUUACUCAGAAGACGGAACAUGCAAUCAACGUCUAAUCAGUCCAAAGAAUAUUGAUGGAAGCAGGAAGAUAGUACAACAACUUAUUUCUGAAUUGUACCCUGAUAAACCUGAUGUAAAAUUAAGAACACAUGGUAUAAACAUUCCAAUUGACACACCACUCCAAUGGUUGUCUGAACAUAUGAGCUACCCUGACAACUUUCUCCAUGUGUGUCUAUGUUAAUAACAUUAAAAUGACUGUGAUUAUUUAAAAAGUAAAUUAUAUGUUUAAAAUCAUGAGCUAUAAAAUGUUUUCUUGUA